AUGUCGCACUCCCACGAAGCACUCCUCUCCACUUCCUCCAUAUCUCACGACUUCUUCGAUCUGUCCAUACCUGGCUUGUGCGUCUACCCGAUCCAUCCGAGCAUCGUUGCGGACAAGCCAUGCUUCGUCAUUCGAAUACCGAAACUGCGCCAGCAGCAGGAGCUUCAAAACGACAAUGCAGUCGCUGCUGAAUCUUCAUCCACUGCUCUUCAGCAACAUCAACUCUAUCACCACCACCAUCAUAAUAAACGUGAUUCCAGCUCCAGUAGAAAUCAAAAACUUCAAUCUCAGCAGCAGCAACAUGUGAUAACGACAACGUUGGGUGAAGAUUCUUGCAUGUUUGUAACUUCAAAUGCUGGCUACAAUUUCAAAUACUUCAGAUGUGAUAGUGAGGACUCCAUGCACAAGUGGAUUUCAAGGCUAAGAGAUUGCAUCAAUGCAUGCAGAAACAAUACAUUCAGAACUGACAACUGCCUGUCCAUAUCAAUUGUUGAGUCCAAGAACCUCUUGCACAAGAAACGGUACUACUGCAAGCUGUACUUGGAUGACGUUCUCUAUGCACGUACCUCUUCCAAGCAGAUGCUGGAGCAUGUUUUUUGGGGAGAGCAAUUUCAAUUCUCUGAACUGGCAGAUGUGCAGAUGAUCUCAAUACAUCUAUUCAAAGAAGUGGAGAAGAAACGAAAGCGCGACAAAUCAUUCCUCAUUGGCUGCAUAACCAUCUCUGCCGACGUAAUAAAAAACAAACCACUGAGUGAAAAGUGGUAUGACGUCACAUCACCGUCGUCAUCAUCUUCCUCCUCGUCGUCCAAUAAGAGCAGAGUUAAGGUCGAAGGUGUCGGGGUGAGGGUGAAGGGUAGGUAUCAGUCGGUUGAUAUUUUGCCACUGGUCUAUUACGACUCACUACUCAGAUUUCUACAGACUGACUACACAUCACUUAUUGAGUUACUGGAGCCUGUGAUUGGUGUGAAGACGAAGGAGGGUGUGGCUACGAGUUUGGCCUCAACGCUGCACUGUUCUGGGAAUGUUGUGGACUUUCUGUGCAACAUUGUCAUGAAUGAAGUUGAUAAAUUAGAGAACAAUGCCCUGGCUCUGCGAGGCAACAGCAUUGCAACAAAAGCUGUCGAAUCGUACAUGAAGCUCGUCGGACAGAAGUACCUGGUGGCGACACUGCGCGAUGUCUUGCAAACAGUCAUCGAGUCAGGUGUUGAUUGCGAGGUGGACAACAACAAGGUGGCCAACCAGACCACCCUCAACACCAACAGAUCCAACCUUACUGAGAAGUGCACACUCGUCUGGAACAAGAUCAUCAACUCGAGGCCUAAUUUUCCUAGAGAACUGAAGCGCCUCUUCCACAUGAUCCGUGAAUGUUGUCAGAAGAAGGCAGAUGGACACAGAUCCAUGUGCCACCAAAUCAUCAGCUCCUGCAUCUUUCUCAGAUUCUUCUGUCCCGCCAUUCUGUCGCCAAGUCUUUUCGGCAUAGUUCAGGAGUUUCCGUGUGACAGGGGUGUCCGCAAUUUGACGCUGAUCGCAAAAACUAUUCAGAAUCUGGCUAACUUGACCUAG